AUGGCUUCGAAACCCCAUGUUGGCGUGAUCGGCGCGGGACUGUCGGGUCUGCGCUGCGCUGAUCUUCUCAUUCGGAAUGGAGUCCAAGUGACAAUUCUGGAGGCAAGAGAUCGUAUAGGUGGGAGGGUGCAUCAAGGCAAAAUCGGCGGUUAUCCUAUUGAUCUCGGUCCGAACUGGAUUCAUGGCUCGGGCGAGAACCCGAUCAUGGAUAUCGCCGAGGCCACGAAAACUGUCUUCCAUGAGCCGGAAGGCACUAACAUGAUCGCUUCACGCGAUGGACAUUUCCUAUCUGAGGAGAUUGCGACGAAAGUCUCUGAAUUUGUGUGGUCGACUAUCGGAGAGGCUUUCGCGUACAGUAACGCCCAUGGGGAGAGCAUUCCGCCAGAGACAAGCCUGUUUGACUUUUUCCUGGAGAAAGUACAGCAGACGAGAUUCUCAGAAGAAGAGAAGAAAAUGUAUCUGGAUGCUUGUAAGCUGUGGGGCGCGUUUGUGGGCGAUAAAAUCGACCGACAGUCUCUCAAGUUCUUCUCCUUGGAGGAAUGCAUUGAUGGGACAAAUUACUUUGUAGCAGGCACCUACAAGCAUAUUCUGGCCCAUGUGGCCAACACGGCCAUCUCCCACGCUGAGAUCAAACUCAACACGCCUAUUGUGCGCAUCGAAGCACCACAGAGCGAUGACUCUCGUUCUCCAGAUCAGCAAGUCACAGUGUCCACUGCUACCGGAGAAUCCUACACCUUUGAUGAAGUCGUGGUGACCUGCCCCCUCGGCUGGCUGAAGCAAAACACCCACGCAUUCGUCCCAUCCCUGCCAGACCGACUCCUCCAAGCCAUCGACAACAUCUCCUACGGACGUCUAGAGAAAGUUAUCGUCAGCUUCCCACGCGCAUUCUGGCACGACGCAACUACUCCCAGCAACGGAUCCGAGGAACCCAAAUAUCCGAUCUUUGCCCAAUUCCUCGAACCAUCUUACACGGAUGUUCCUCAGGGGAUCGAAUGGAACCAAGAAUGUCUCUCUCUCGCCUCGUUCCCCGAAAAGCACGCUCAACCGACUCUCCUCUUCUACACCUACGGACCGGCGGGAACACACCUCGUGAACCAAAUUGCGGGUUUAGAUCGCUCGUCAGCGGAGUACAGGACUAUCCUGCUCAAAUUCGCGGAGCCGUUCUAUUCCCUUCUUCCUGGAUAUAAUCCCACUUCUCCGGACUGUGUUCCGACGGAUAUCUUUGGCUCAUGCUGGCAGAAGGAUCCAUAUGCAGGAUACGGGUCCUAUUGUAAUUUCCAGGUUGGUCUGACGCAGGCUGAUAAGGAUAUCGAGACACUCAGGUCCUGUCCCGGUGUGGGAGAGACACGCGGACUGUGGUUUGCGGGUGAACAUACGGCGCCGUUUGUAGCGCUCGGGACGACUACGGGGGCUUAUUGGAGUGGUGAGAGGGUUGCGGCGCAGGUUUGUGAGAAGUUAGGGCUUGGGAAGAUCGGGACUGGGGUUCUGAAGGGCGAUUCUUUGCCUUCGGGAGGAAAGUCGAGUUUAUAG